GCCCAUGUAUACAGUGAAAAUGUGCUUGGUGAAGACCUAAAUUUCAGUUUGAACCAAACUAAAAGCAGAUGCUCUGCUUUUCUUGCAAAUAUCGACGAACAUAGCUCUGUUACUGUAACAUUCCUUAGUCAAAAAUAUAAUUUACCACCUUGGUCAGUUAGUAUUUUACCAGAUUGCAGAAACACAGUGUUCAACUCUGCAAAGAAAGACGGAGCAGGGUUUAGAGGGCAAGUUAAACUUACUGGAUUUCAAAAUGGGGAUAUAGACCUCUCAAAGUCUUUAUGGACCUACCAGUCAGCUAAAUGGUGUUGCACCUAAAUUCACUUUUUAUCCAGGUUGGGCUCAAGGGAGAAUUCUUGAAGAUAUAUGCUGCAGAAGAAAAUGAAAAGGCAGGGUGGACUGAUUUAACUCCAGAUGUUGAUCCAUUGAUAUUAACUUGGUACAAGAAAUUGGAGGAGAAAAUGAUCUUGAGAUGGCCAAGAGCAAACGUCAUCCAGACUUAAAAGAAGAACAUCAAGAAGAUUGGAUGAUUUUGUGUGAUCGUUGGUGUUCUCCUGAAUUUAAGGAAAGAGCAUUAAAGAAUACUACCAAUCGAUCAAAGAGAAAAUGGGAGUCGAAAAAUGGUUCGGUCUCCACACCACGACAUCACAUUCGACGUGGAAUGGUGUUAACUUCUCCUACCGGUCAAAUUGAGACAUGGCGUCUAAAGCAUUAUGAUGCUGAGAAAGGAUGGACUGGAAUAGAGCUCGGGCCAUUAUAUGAUAAAAUGAUGGAGUUAAGGGGUCAACAUCCUCCAGAAGAACUGUCUGAUAAAGAGAUUAUGGAGCGUGUACUUGGACGUGAUUCGGUAUACUUGCGAGGGCGGGGGCGGUCUCCUAGUGUCACAACUUCUACUUCACAUCGUGAAAAUAUUGUGGGUAAUCAGCCAACUUAUGAAGAGUUAGUUGAACGACUUAAUGAUACAACUUCCCGCCUUAAUGCUACUAACGAACAACUUAGUGUGGUUGUGGAUAUACUUCGUCAUAACAAUUUGAUGGCACCGCCUCCACCACCUCCAACAGACCAAGCUUCAGAUGCAAAUUUAAGAGAGUCGCCAUCUUUUUCAGUUCGGGAGUCACAAGAUGAUUCUUAGUUUAUUUACAUUAAAUUACUAAGGAAUGAACUUUAUGAAGUUUUUUUUUUAUUUUGGUAGGGGUAACCUUAAAAUGAUAACUUUAUGACUUAUUUUAGUAUUGAACAUUAUAAAGAAUUUUAGCAUUAAACAUUUUAUUAUUGUA